CAAUGCAUCUGCACCGAUCCGCUCUCCCACGCCCCUUGCUGUCUCUCUUUGCAUGUCCUUGCUGCUUCUCGACACACAUGGCCACUCUGACGCCGCUCGUUCUCGGCACCCCCUCCCGCCAGGUCGAUGAAAAAGGACAUCCGUCGCCGGCCUUUCUCGUCUUGCUCUCUUCCUUGCCCUUUUCUUGACCAGGCCCUGAGUCCUUUCGUCCUCCGGAUACUUGGCCUCCAGCCGGCGCUGUGCUGCCUCCCUCGACUCAAUCUCAAAUAGUCGAGCCUUGCCCUUUUCCCGUCCACAUUCAAGGGCCUCUGCUGCUCACAUUCCCGCUGCAAAUCUUGUCGCACCCUCGAUAUCCUGCCAAACACCAUCGCUUCCCACGGACCCACCGUCCUGCCAUGCAUCAAAUCAUUCGGCUCUUCCUGAGUCUGGCCAUCGUCGCCGGCCUCGCGCUCUCCGCUGCUGCCAUCCCCAACCCAAAGACUUACACCGUCGGCGCCAUCGACCUCACCGUCUUUGAUUUUGUCGAGACCGGCUUCACCAAUGACCCGACCCUGCAGUCGCCCAUGAUGCUGUUCUGGAGCAUCCUGAACCUGGGCACCGCCAACGAAACUCUGCAUGCUGCCCUGGUGCUCGACCCAAAGCGCUCCUCGGACGACGAGGUGCAGAGGGAAACCGUCGCGAACUCGUGGAUGGGCUUUGCCCUCGGCAAGACCAUGCUGACCGCCGACUUUGUCAUGGUUUGGGCCAACCCUCGCGAUAACAGCACUGUCAAGCUCAUCGAGGCCCUCUCGCCUGGCCAAUACAGCCCGCCCAAACCCGCUCCGCAGAAGCUGUUGACGCCCGGUGUGCUCUCUCAGCAGGGCAACGUCGUCGUCGCCGAGUUCUAUCGUCCAACCCAGGUGUCGAUUCCGAACCGGCUCUCGAUCAACACCGCGGGACUCACCGAUACGAUAUGGGCAUACAAUGUCGAUCCAGACCACAACAGCCCCGGCGGAUGGCAGUUUUACCACGGCUGGAACCGCGGAGGCAUCACCUUCAACUUUGCAACGGGCGCAAACCAGGUGCAGCCCUACGGCCUGUCCCGCACGCCAAAGUACAUCCACGGCGGUAUCAUGAUGCUCUGCUGGCUGUUGCUCUAUCCCGCAGGCAUCUUCUGCGCUCGCUACUGCAAGUCCCUGCCCCGAUGGCUCUGGAUCCACGUCAUACUCCAAUCUGUCUCCAGCGUGCUCGUCUGGGCAAGCGCCAUCUACAUGCUUGUGUCGCUGCCGUCCAUGAACUGGCUGGUGAUCCACCGCCACACCAUCCUUGGCCGUGUCUUGGUCUCAUUGCUGGCAGUCCAAGUCCUCUUGGGCUUCUUGAAUCGGCUCGGCCUCAGCUCGGAACGGAUGGCCCGAAUUCGGAGCUGGAUCAAGCUCUCACACGACAUCCUUGGCUGGCUGCUGAUCCUGGCCUCCAUCGUGCAAAUCGGCUUUGGCAUCCAGAACCUGUGGCCCUGGGAGGUGGCCAGCACCGGAAGCGGACAGAUGUUCACCUUUUAUUUCCCGUGGGUGCUGUUCUUUUUCCUCGUUCUGGUGUGGCUCAUCCUCUUUUGCGGCGCCGAGGUCUACUACCGUAUCUCCAUCGUCAACUACGACCGGCCAAAGAUCAAGACCCGCCUCCGUCUUCUGCGCCGAUUCAAAACCAUCGACGAGUACGAGGCGCCCGAUACCAUGCGCAAGCCGCAGCUCCAGCUUCAGAAGGGUGUCGACAUCCAGAGCCAGUAUCUGACCAGCGUCUCGCCCUUCACCUGGAACGACAUCAACGAUCGCGUCUUGAGGGGCGACAUCCUCGUCGUCGCCAACGGCAAGUUUGUUUAUGACGCAUCGCAGUGGCUGACCUCGCACCCGGGCGGACAGGUCAUUCUGUACUCGUGUGCUGGCACCGACAUCACCAACGACUACUUCCACGAUGCCGGCUUUGAUGCCGAGGAGUUUGUUCCGCGACCCACCCCAACCGCCGCCAACACCCUUCGCCGCCGCCGCAACCUGUCCCGAUUCGACCAGACCUUUUCGAGCCCAAAACCGGCCGAGCUCUCGCGAAAGCCCACGGUCUCCCCGCCCGUCGACAACUUGCGCUUCCCGUACCUGAGCCAGCAAGAGAUCGAAAAUGUGAUCCGCGCUCGUCGCACACACGUCCACACUCGCCUUGCCAUCGAACGUCUGUCCUCGCUCUUGAUCGGACAAAUCGUCACCGAUCCCGGUCUCUCUUCUCCGAACGACGAGCCCCUCUUUGAUCCAGCCGAGUUCCGCCGAUAUGCCUUGGUCCAGUCCAUCCGCGAGACUCAGCCAUCGUCAGCGGCGCAGCCAUACUACCGUCUCAAGUUUGCCCUGCUGUACCCACACGACACUCGCUACCGCGAGCCCAAGAUGCUUCUUCCCGGCCACGUCGUCGAACUGCAGCUCCGAAUCCGCGGCAGACUGGUGUCGCGCUACUUUACGCCAAUCGAGGGUUCGCUCAUGUCCGCGAUCGAGAUCAUCGUGCGCCUGAACCCCAAGGGUGAAAUGAGCCCGUAUCUGGUUGACCAGAAGCCCGGCGACAAGCAGUUCAAGAUCCGCGGGCCGUUUGGAACCCCGCUUGUGAACCCGCAGCGACCCAUCAACAACGACGGCCAGUGGUGCUACCAGCGUAUGGCUUUCUUCACCAACGGCUCAGCUCUGACUGCGGGACUACAUCUGCUGAACUUUUUGUUCUUCCCGACCGAGGUGCCGAUCAAGAUCAGCAUGGACUAUCAAGCGCAGCAUCCGGACGAGCUGAAUCUCAAGCGAGGCCAGUGGGUCGUUGUGCGGACGCACUACUACGACGGCUGGGCAGAGGGCCAAAACAUGACCACCAAUCAGACCGGCCUGUUCCCGCUCGUCGUCACCAAGCCGCGGUGCGGAACCGAGACACAGCUGACCAUCGUCAACGUCGUCCGCAACAUCCAUGAGAUCUGCGGGUCGUACCUGAUGGAGGGAGCCCUGCUCUCGUAUCCCAACCAAGUCCGCAUUGUCCAUGUUCUGACGGGCGGUCCGCCCUCCGACCCCCACGGCGUCGUCAAGACCUAUGCUCCCGGUAACAUCAUGCUCGGCAAAGUCGGCACUGCCAUCGUCGACAGCAUCCUGGGCGACCCCAAGUACGGCCUUCUCCGCGACCCGACGGCAGGGGGACAGACUCCAUUCGGCAAUGUGCGGCAGCGCAUCUACAUCUGCGGCACGCGGUCGUUCUCAGGACGGAUGUACGAGACCAUCAUUGACGAGCUGGGCUAUCACCAUGGCGACAUCUACAUCCUGCCCGACGAAGAGAGUGUCCAUCGCUAGUCCGACCGCCUUCAUCACCACAUCCCACUCCAUUUUUGCUGUUAUUCUCUGCCUGUUUGUGUUUUCUCAAUAUCAGUCAUACAUUGGUCGCCGGCUUAGAUGGCCCACCCGCCUGUGUUUGCACCAUGAAUGGGGGGGGUGUUCACGAUCCAUGUUCUGCACAGGGUGGACCAACCUGCACCAGCCCGAUAUAUGCAGUAUCCCACGCCA